UUUUUAUCAUUAUCAAAUUUAGUUUACUUUUCGUUGUCGUUCGGCUGGUCGUCUCUGCGGCUGUCGCGUUCCUUAUUUCACUUGCGUCGUCGUCGUCGUCGGACCAGUUAUGGCGGGACCGCGACUCUGACGCUUCGUGGCUUUUUCCCAUGGAUCUCAACCAGAGGUUAUUUGUGCCAACACAACAUUGAACACCGUAGUUAUGUUUUUUGUGAACCUGUGAGAUAACUAAACAAAUCAUGGAGCUCCAAAACUGUUUACCUUCUAUGAAAAACGAUUACAAAAUGAAUGAAAUGAAUGACCAACAAGAAAUGAUGAACAAUGUACAAGGAUGGAACUCAAUGCCAUCACAUGAUAUUAUGAUACCAGUUCCAAUAAAAAUUCAACCUUCACUUGGUAUUUUGGACCAAAAUAACAUCCCAAUAAAUAAUUCUAGUCCACAUCCAAGUGUCAUACACACAAGCCCGCAAACACCACAUGGCUUGCCAAUAAAUACGUUUAUUGAACCUGAAUUACCAUUAGAGCUGUUGCAGCAAGGAUGGAAAAAGUUUUGGAGUAAACGUGAGAAUCGGCCUUAUUUUUGGAAUAAGUUGACUGGUGAAUCUCUUUGGGAAUUUCCACCUUUGAGACAAUUUGACGUUCAAUCAGAUCCUUUGGGGAUAACAAGUGAUGGUCAACAUAAUGGAACUAAUCCAAUGUUAUUGAAAAAAAGACCUGCAGAAGAAAUUGUCUUAGGCCCUGCAACAAAAAAAAUGAUACUAACUGGUCCGUGGGAACUUGAAAUACCUACAAAUGUUGUUAUAUUUGAGCGAUCGCCAUCCAUGAUGUCUCAGCCACAUCCAGAUAUCGAGUUUUAUCGUGGACAUUUAGUAGCAAAAUUAAGACAAUGUUACCAGGAACUUUGUCAGUCCCGAGAAAACAUCAAUGCACCAAAAGAAUCUUUCAAUCGUUGGCUUAUUGAGAGAAAAGUGGUUGAUACUGGUACUGAUCCAUUGUUGCCCUCUCAGUGCUAUCCAGAAGUAUCUUUAAGAAUGUAUAAUGAAAUAAUGAAUGAUAUACCAUUGAGAUUGGCAAAGCCUAAGUAUACUGCAGAUGCUCGGAAACAAUUGUCCAUAUACGCUGAAGCAGCCAAAAAUCUUAUUGAGUCUAGAAACACACUACAAGAAAGUAGAAAAGUUGUAAAAUGGAACACUGAAGAUACAUUGCAAUGGUUGAGGAAAACAGUAGGUGCUACAUAUGUUGAUUUCCAAGAACGAUUAAACCAUCUUAAAAUGCAAUGUCAACCGCAUAUAGCUCAAACUGUUAAAGAUUCUGUGGAAGGCAUCUGCUCAAAGGUGUACCAUUUAUCCGUGGAAUAUGCUCGCAAGGUCAAAGAAAAAAAUAGUGAGCUUUUGAUUGCUCAAGGAAUUACAGAAAUAGCGCCAGCUCCUGCAGUAUUAACUCUACAUAAGGUCUGGUGUUAUCCUGUACAAUUUGUCACACCUGCUCCGCGUCUUCCUCCUGUUGAAUACAUGGCUGACAAAGAACAGACUUAUGUCCGGUUUAAUGGAGAAAGAUUACUCAUCAAUACUGUGUACCUACAAAAGUUGGAACAACUGUAUCGCUACAGUUGCUAUGAAGACAAAAAAAUGGAAAACUUCAUGGCUAGAGUUUGGUGUUUGUUGAAAAGGUACAGUGUUUUCUGCUCCAAUAGUCCUGAUACACAAGUAUCAGUCCCAGUGCCUAUUCUAGAAUCUCUGCACAGGAAUUUUGGUGUGACAUUUGAAUGUUUUGCGUCACCUCUGAAUUGCUAUUUCCGGCAGUAUUGCUCAGCGUUUCCAGACACCGAUGCCUAUUUUGGAUCCCGAGGAUCAAUUUUGGAUUUAAACGCUGUAAGCGGUUCAUUUGUAGUAAAUCCUCCUAUACACUGUGAUGAUCUAAUUGAAGCGGCUUUAAAUCAUAUUGAUCGAUUGUUAUCUGAAUCAAGCGAACCUUUGUCUUUCAUCAUAUUUUUGGCUGAUGGUGAAACAACAUUUGUUCAAAAAUUAGACUCUAGUCAAUUCAAGCGACGUCAAGUGGUUAUACCAGCAUAUGAACAUUAUUACAGACAUGGUUUCCAGUACAGUGUACCAAAGACAGAUGUAAAUAUUCGUUCUCCCACAAGCACUUUAGUUGUAUGGCUUCAAAACAAUGCUGGGUGUCAGCGAUGGAGCCCAAGCGAAGAUAGAGUUGAAGCUUUGUUGGAGGCAUUCCGCCCAGGCCGAGAACGUGAUCGUGACCGCCAGGAACUGCUUUCUCCUACACCAAACUCUCUGUUAGGCCCACCGCCACUUCCUGUUUAGAUUUAGUAAAUAUUAUAUACAUUAGUUGUAACUAUGUAUAUGUAUUUAUUGUAUGUGUAUGUAUACAUGUUUGUACAUACACAAACAUAAUAGGCAAUUAUGGUGUCUAGUUUUAUUCAAAUUUAUAUUUUUAUGUUCGUUAUGCACCAGUGUAUAAUGUACUCUCAUUAAGUUACAAUUUUUAUACAUUCAAAUAAUGUAUAUGGUUAUAAUAUAAUUAUUGAAUUAUAGUUAAUGCGAACUCUAAGCCAUAAUUGCUGUUUGAAUUUCCUUUACCUAAUGAUAAGUGAUUUUAAAUGUUGAAAAGAACAUUUUUAAUUUUAAAAAUAUUUGUGUAUAGGUAGAUUUUUUAGUUAUCGUUUUGUUGAUUUAUCAAUUUGUUAGUUUAAGAUAAUUUAUUAUUCUGUCGUUAAAAUCGACAGAGUAUAAAUUUGAAACAAAAUGUAUCAGAAUUUCGUCCAAAUAUUCAUAAUGAUUGCAAUGGAUUAUUUGCUGUUUUUAAUAUUUUUUAUAAAAACAACAUUUUCCUAAAGCACAUUUAAGAAUAUCGAAUUAAUGUAAUUUAGAAUUUUUAAGGGCUUAGUACUUAAGUGUUAAGUGAAAAAAAUAGAAACCUUAUGGUUCUUUGUAUAAUUCCACUUAAAUAACUAUUAUGUAAGUAUAAUAUUAUUGUAAUUUGAUAGCACCUUUACUAAGCUGUUGUCACUUGAGAAUCUAACCAACUAAUUAAACAACAAUUGAUUGUUGCUUAAAAUUUAUAGUUAACUAAGUAUUAAACUAAUUUUUUUUCUCGGUGUAACUACCUAGUUGCGCACAAGUGUACUUUAAUGAUAUUCUAUUUAUUGAUCGUCAUUAGCGGACUUAUAUCAGUACUUAAGUAUUUCAUUAUUAAUUUCAAUGUAACAUAACUUAUAUCAUUAUUACAUUAAGGCGUCUUUAGUUUAUUUUAUUCUUAAAUAUUAUCAAGCACAUCAAUUCUCUUUUAAAAAAUUUUUUUUUUGUUUUUAUCCCUUACAGCUUAUUAUUGUCAAACAUAUUAUAAUUAUUAUUUUUCUUUGAAUUAUAACUAUUUUACUAAUUUUACGCAUCCAUAAAUAAUCAAUAGCUUUAAGCAAUUUACCAAAGUUUUGAUUGUCCUUUAAUUCUUAUGCUGCUAUUUCAUAUUGAUUGUGUUUUGUCUUUGUGGGUAGUCACAGUAGAUGUGAAUAUUAUAUUAUGUGUAUAAUGAUAAUAAUUAUGUAUGAUGCUGUUAAAAAAAAAAAAUAGUGAGUAAGAAUUACAUUUAGUUUAUUUUUAAUAAUGUAAGAUUAUUGUACUUUGUUAUAUCUUUAAGCUAUUUGUUAGAUAAUUCAACCCUUUUUCAGAAUUCAAAAUUAUUAUGUGGUACUAAUAUUCUAAAAUAUUUUCUGUUAUUUCAAUUUAAAAUUUGGUCGUUGUAAACUAGUUGAAUUCUCGUGUAUAUUUUAUUUAUUUAUUUAUUAUUAUUUUUUUUUUUUGUACUUAUUUUAGUACCCAAUAAUUUGGUUAUGUACCAAUAUUUUAAUGUAUUUUGUAAUUACUAAAAAUAUUGAUACAUUUAACGUAGUAUGUUAAUUACAGUGGUUAUAUUAUGAUUCAAUAUUAUUGUCAAUCUGGGUUGAGUAGUCUUAUUAUGUAUUUAUUUUUUUUUUAUCAUUAUUGUAUAACAAGCUAUAAUUUGUUUGUAGUGUGAUUUUUAUUUGAUUUAAUGGUAUCGAAUUUAAACAUGCUAUGGUUUGAGCGCGCAUUACAUUAUUUUGUUUUUGUAAUUUUUACAUAAAUAUUAUUAUAUAUAUUAUAUAAAACUAUUAUUUUUAAGUUAUUGUACCGGA